AUGCAGUCUCUCCUCCUUGUAGCGCUGUUCGCGUGCCUCGCCACCGCUGACAAAGUGAGAUGGUGCGUCAUAUCGAGCAUAGAACAUAAGAAAUGUGUCGACCUCGCAGCCAAAGCUCCUGGGUUCUCCUGCGUGAUGAAAGAUAACACCAUCAAUUGCAUCAUUGCCAUUAAGGCUGGUGAGGCAGAUGCCAUCACUUUGGAUGGAGGGGACAUCUACACGGCUGGACUGAUCAACUACGACCUGCAGCCCAUUAUUGCUGAGGACUACGCUUUCGCUUCCGAAACCUGUUACUACGCUGUUGCUGUGGUGAAGAAGACCAGUACAUUUAACUUCCAACAACUCGAGGGGAAGAGAUCCUGCCACACUGGGUUGGGUAAAUCUGCAGGCUGGAACGUCCCCAUAGGAACUCUGGUGGCCAUGAAUUAUAUUCAGUGGACAGGCAUUGAAGACUCACCUGUGGAGGAGGCGGUGAUCAAGUACUUCUUUGCCAGCUGUGUUCCAGGGGCAGCAAAGGACAGCAAACUGUGUGAACAGUGCAAAAAUGACUGUUCCAAGUCCCAGAACGAGCCUUACUACAACUACCAUGGAGCCUUCCAGUGUCUUAAGGACGAUGCUGGAGAUGUAGCUUUUGUGAACCAUCUUACUGUACCUGAUUCCGAAAAGAACGACUACGAGCUGCUGUGCAAGGAUAACACCAGAGCUCCAUUGGACAGCUAUCAAGGAUGCAAUCUGGCCAGAGUACCCGCUCAUGCUGUUGUCAGCCGCAAGGACCCACAGCUGGCUGACUUAAUCUGGCGAACCCUCAAUUCAGUAGUGGACUUUGACCUCUUCUCCUCUGUAGACUAUGCACCUUACAAAGACCUGAUGUUUAAGGACUCAGCAGUGAGGCUGGUGCAGGUGCCCGCAAACACAGAUUCCUUCUUGUAUUUGGGUUCUGAAUACAUUAGCGUUGUCCGUUCCCUUAAGAAAGAGUCGGUAAGCCCUGCAUACCAAGGCAUUAAAUGGUGCGCUGUGGGCCACGCUGAGACCGCUAAGUGUGACAUAUGGAGCAUCAACAGUUUGGGUGUUGGCACCACCUCCAUUGAAUGCCAGUCUGGCGCCACAGUUGAAGAGUGCCUGAAAAAGAUUAUGGAAAACGAGGCUGACGCAAUGGCAGUGGAUGGAGGGCAGGUGUAUGUAGCAGGGAAAUGCGGUCUGGUUCCUGCUAUGGUGGAGCAGUAUACUGAAGGGAUGUGCAGCUUUCCUGGAGCCACAGCCUCCUCUUACUAUGCUGUUGCUGUGGUAAAGAAGAAUUCAGGUCUGACCUGGGCAAACCUGAAGGGCACAAAGUCUUGCCACACGGGAUUCGGCAGAACUGCUGGCUGGAACAUCCCCAUGGGUCAAAUCUACAAAGAGACUCAAGACUGUAACUUCGCCAAUUUCUUCAAUAGCGGCUGUGCCCCCGGAUCAGCCCCCGACUCUCCGUUCUGUAAGAAUUGUAUCGGCAGUGGAAUGCUUGUGGGAGAUCAGUUCAAGUGCAAACCCAGUUCUGAAGAGCGGUACUACGGCUACGCUGGAGCCUUUAGAUGUCUGGUUGAGGAUGCCGGCAACGUUGCCUUCAUCAAACACACAAUUGUUGCAGAAAACAGUGACGGCAAUGGUCAAGCAACAUGGUCUAGAAAUGUGAACUCUAAUGACUACGAGCUGAUCUGCCCCGGGAAGGCUGCAGUGCCAGUCAAUCAGUUCACCUCUUGUAACCUGGCUCUCGUGCCCGCUCACGCUGUGGUGACUCGUCCAGAGAUCCAUCACGAGGUUGUACGCAUUCUCAAGGAACAACAGAUCAAGUUUGGUUCCAACGGCACUGAUUCCACAUUCAGGAUGUUCAAUUCAGACUCAGGGAAGAACCUCCUCUUCAAGGACUCCACCAAGUGUCUCCAGGAGGUUGCGGCUGGAACAAGCUAUAACUCCUUUUUGGGACCAGAUUACAUGAAUGCAAUGGACUCACUGAGAAAGUGCAAUACAAGCACUCCAGAUCUGGAGAAAUCUUGCACUUUCCAUUCCUGCCAGCAAAAAAACUAGUGGCAACCAUGGACCAUGUGGUGCAUCAUUCAGCCCUCAGUGAUUCAAACACCUCACUUCCCACAUUGAACCCAAAAAUUGCAUAAUGUAUUUUCUUACUGAUCCUGCUGUAGACCUGUUUUUAAAAGUACAACCAAAAGACAGAUACCACCAUUUACAAAUCAACUAUCCUGUGACCAAUCAUGUCCACAUCUAGCUUGUCAUGCUGUUGAAAGAUAAGGUUUCAUUAACUUUAGUUAUUGGAUCAACUAUGUUUUGUUAACAUGUGCCUGUCUUUUCUCAAAUAAAGCCUUUUUAAUGCUC